AUGGUGUUAGGCCGUCUGACACACUAUGCAUUUGAUGCAGUACUAAUCUCUGCCUUUCUGGCAGGCGUCAAACGCUCAACAGGCCUCACGUAUGCACAACCCCAGCCCAAGUCUUUUUCCGAAACCGACCCCAGAUUCGAAUCAGACAAGAUCUCUGAGAGCAAGGAGCUGAAAAAAUGGGUCGAUAAAUACCUAGGUGUGGGAGAGUGGGUGAUGGACCAGAGCGUGGCAAUACUAGGAUCGAGCGGCUACUUCGAGAGAAGGCGAUGA